AUCUGUCCUGUCAAAAAUGUUAACAUGGCGGCUAUUUUUGUCUCAGUCGUAAAUUUUUUUUAACGCAGUUAGAUGUUAUUUUUCUCUUGGUUUUAAAACGUGCCAGUCGGCGGAUGCAAACAUUAAAGAUCUCCGCUCACGCUAAGGGAGCCGCCGGGGUCAAUUUGCUGUUGUCAGAGCAGUGCGGGGUGCGUGUAUGUAUCGCACGUGAGCAGAAAGAAAGGAUAGGAUAGUGUGUGCGGAGGAGAGCAGCACAGAGGGAACGGAAGGAUUCGUACAGGAUUGAGUUAGAUUAUAUAGGAGUUGUGGACGGAUGGACGGUGGAGCGGGCCGGGGGCUCGUUUUGGGCACACGCAUUUCGUCAUCAACGGGGGGAAAUUGACCGUGGGAAAGAACCGCACCGAGUGGUGGGGAAAAUGCGAGAUGUGAUUGCCAAAAGCUGUUCUCGGUGUAAUCAAAUGGGACGUUCAAUAAACCGUAUUAAUUAUGAAACGAUCGGGCGCUGCGUCUAAUGGCAGACGAAUGCUGUAACAACAUCACGAAUAGAAGAUACAAGCAGAAGGAAAGAAAAGAAGGAACAACAUGCUUUUCGCCCCACGGAUCCGCGUUCUCCGAAUAUAAAAGAAAAAGGAAGCAAGGAAAACAAGUGCACGCAAAUGAUAUGAUGCGUAUUAUCGAGACCAUUACGUCGCCGUGAAAAUUGUUAUUGUUGUUUAAUAAGUCCAGUUGUGCUGUGGGUGCGAGCGAUUGCGUGCGUGCAUGUGUUUGGGUUUUUUUUUUGUUGUUGAUGUGUUUCACCGUGCUACGAAAAUGUUGAAAAGAACAAUGCUCAUAACUUUGCUACCCCUCUUCUGGCUAUGCCACUUAUUUAUUGUUGUAGAAGGUUUGAAAUGCAAAUGUGAAAUUUGCCAUACCAGCAAUUACACGUGCCAGACGGAUGGGUAUUGUUUUACAACAACGGAGUUAACAAAAACUGGAACAAUUAAGCAUUCAUACAGAUGCCUAAACAAGAGUUACAUCCAUUUCAAUCCGCACUCUAACAAAACCGAUUAUUGCAAGGAGCAGAUCACGGAUCUGAGCGAGGAAACUAAAAACGCAAUAAGCGCCUCAGAUUGCUGCGACUCGUACGAUAUGUGCAAUGCCGCGCUGAGUCCUGUUCCCAGAGAACAAGUGCUUUACAAAGAUGAUUCGUUGAUUUCGGAUAAGUUCGAGCUGUUUCUGUACGCGGUUGUGACAAUGCUGGUUGUCAUGCUUGCUGUCGUAUUGUUUUGGUGCGGUCGGAAACGUUGCCGAUCGCCGAACAGAGGAAGACAUCAGCAUCUUGGUCUCGGCGAGGAUAGCACAGAAGCGCCAGACCAUCCGAUCCUGAACGGCGUUUCGUUAAGGCACAUGAUUGAGAUGACGACGAGCGGCAGUGGAUCAGGUCUUCCGCUUCUGGUGCAGAGGAGUAUAGCUCGUCAGAUCCAGCUGAUCGAAAUCAUCGGGCAGGGGAGGUUCGGUGAGGUCUGGAGGGGUCGCUGGAGAGGCGAGAAUGUUGCCGUGAAGAUCUUCAGUUCGCGCGAGGAGCGCUCCUGGUUCCGCGAAGCCGAAAUAUAUCAGACUGUUAUGCUGAGGCACGACAACAUUUUGGGUUUCAUCGCAGCGGAUAACAAAGACAAUGGUACCUGGACCCAGCUGUGGUUGAUCACCGACUACCAUGAGCAUGGGUCGCUUUUUGAUUACCUUGGCCGGAAUAUCUUCGACAGCACUGCGAUGAUUUCCAUGGCCCUCUCUAUUGCUACUGGCCUUGCCCAUCUUCACAUGGAUAUUAUGGGCACUCAGGGUAAACCAGCAAUUGCUCAUAGAGAUUUGAAGUCAAAAAAUAUAUUAGUUAAACUAAAUGGUACUUGUGCUAUUGGUGACCUGGGUCUUGCCGUCAGACAUGAUGUUACCACCGACACCGUCGAUAUUCCAUCGAACAAUCGCGUCGGCACCAAGCGAUAUAUGGCACCUGAGGUCCUCGACGAGACGAUGAACAUCGAUCAUUUCGACUCGUUCAAACGAGCGGACGUGUACGCGCUCGGUCUCAUUUUCUGGGAGAUUUCGCGUAGAUGCAACAUCGGCGGUAUCUACGAUGAGUAUCAGUUACCAUUUUACGACGCUGUCCAAUCGGAUCCUACCAUUGACGAAAUGAGAAGGGUCGUGUGUUUCGAUAGGAUGCGACCUAGUAUACCGAAUAGAUGGCAGAGCUGCGAGGCUUUAGUGGUGAUGUCUAAGCUGAUGAAGGAAUGCUGGUAUCACAAUGCCACCGCACGUUUAACGGCGUUGCGGAUUAAGAAGACGCUCUCAAAUUAUCGAACUUCCGAGGAGCUCAGGAUGCGAGAUUAAAUUCUAGUUUUGACCGGUGGGAUCUUAUGUUUCCAUAACCGAAGCCGGACUUUUAUUCUUAUUUAUAUAUACAUAUACAUAUUAUAUACAUACUAAAACAUACAUGAAUGGAUCUGGCGUGAAUGCGACGUUGUUUCUGUUGAGUGGAUGCAUGUUCUGUACAAUCCUUAGGUUUUUAAUGGUACCAAAACAAAGAAGAAAAUAGUUUAAUUUAUUAAAGUAUUACGAUUAAAAAAAAUAAUAUAAAAUAAUAGCUGGAAGCGAUGAGACAGUAGCGUUCAUAGAGAAGUUCAGAUUCGGAUGGAAAGAUUUAAGAUUGCUGAAAACACGAAUCCGAGGAUGAUGCAAAUGUAGAUAGGUUUCGAUUUGCAUAGUUCGAAGGAGGAAAUAGCGAAGAAGAAAAACAAUAUAUUUAUAUAUAUAACCACUGCCCUCUAUCCCCCACCUCAGAAUAUUCCAUUCCAUAGUAGUGUUAACUAAACUAAAUAAGCUUCCAAACAAAAAUGAGAGCAGCUCUUUUUAAACGAAUUUAAUUUGGUUGCUCGUUGUAUACAUUUAUAUACAAAAAAAUAAUAAUAAAAAACACACACAAUCACUCAAAAUAAUAAUAAUAUACAUAAGCAACGUUCUAAAAGUGACAGAUAGAAACUUAGUUCUUUGCCAAAUUGUCCCGUCAAUUAUAUUUUUUUACAAUGAACAAUAAGCAUUUAAAAGACAAUAGACAUAACCGAUACGUUUAAGUGGAGACGAAGGAAGGGAGAAUUUACAAAAAAAAAGACAAAUUUGCUCACAGACAUGAAUGAAAUACUUCACUGCCACUUUUUCAGAACGCUUCGUGGAUCUUCUGCAGAGUAACGUUUAGUAUGAUUUUUAAUUUAAUAAUGUUUGUUUUUUUUUUGACAGAUUAUAUAAGCAAAACCUGAAUCACGAGUCAACCAAUAUACUUCAGUUGUGUAUGUUUAACCGUUUUGCCUAAUUUUUGUGUGCAUGAUGUCUUUAAAGAUAUAUAUAUAUAUAUAAAGAAGAAUAAUGAUAUACGAAGAUAAUUUUUGUAGUUCCUAAAAAGAGAGUUGAAAAAAAAAUCGUGAAGAAAACAACAA